CUACUCGUGGCCGCCGUUUUUUGCUGUUCCGGAAUUUUGAUCGUCGCACAGGCGCGCUCGUGUCCGGAAGCUGCAGAUUUUCUUCCCUGCACGUGUGAUAUUGAAGGCAUCAGCUGUGGGAAGGCUAACUCGACUGCAGAGCUGAGAAAGGCCUUCCAAACCGAUGGACCCAAAGAGCACAGGGAUCUCUGGAUUCAAAGGAGCACUGUGGAGUCAUUUCCGCCCGGCGUUCUUGGAGACUUUGUUUUCAGAAAUAUAUACAUCGAAAUGAACGCCAACUUGACAUCCUACAACCUCGCAUCCCUCGACAAGUCGCGGACCUUCAUCAGAAAACUGAGUCUGUUUGGAAACGCACUUACUACGUUCGCAUAUAGUGGGAUUGGGAUCUUCCCGAAGCUGACCACGCUCAACUUGGGCAAGAAUCGGCUGGAGAGAAUUCCGGACCACGCUUUCCAGCACCCAAAGCUAAAGAUACUCGUGCUGUCAGACAAUCCGAUCCAGGCAGUCGGCGCUUACGCGUUCUUCGCCUUACCGGAGCUGGAAAUGCUGCACCUGACUGGAACCCGAAUUACCAGACUCGGAAACUACGUUUUAACCCUUGGAUCGCGCGUCCCCGAACUCAAGGUCUUUCUGAGCGAAGGCAACCUGGCCAGCCUCAGCCCCCUGGCAUUCUCGGACACCCGCGCUCAAAUCCUCUGUCUGGGGCAAAACAACUUGACGGAAUUCCCUAGAGAUGUUUUCCUCCCGAUCCUAGAGCGACUGGAGCGACGCAGACAAGCUACUGGGGAGGUUUCCUCGCUGCGUGUCUCGGGAAAUCCCUUCUCAUGCACGGGCUGUUCCUUCAAGUGGCUGGUGAGAAUCAAGAACCAACUGCUCUCACGCCAGCUCUUGUCCGGUUUUGAGUGUGCGGACGGAACGACGUUAGCUAAGCUUUCGUAUACUAAAAUUGGUUGCUGGCCGCAAAUUGUUGGAUAGACCUGGAAUUUCGAAAAUAAAAUAAUGAUAAACGAGCUGAAAA